CACUCCAUUUAUGUUUAUGCAUCUCUCUUCGCCAUUUCACACUUCUCUCUCUCUCUCUCUCUCUCUCUCUCUAAAUCUCUCUUAUCUCUCUCCUCUGUUUGUGAGGAUUUGCUUUUGAAGCUUGCAGAGAUUGGCAACUUGGGUGUGAAAAAGUUGCGAAAAGACACUGAGAAAGAGAGAGAGAGAAACCCUAGUUUGUUUCGGCGUUUGAAGACUCUCUAGUACUCACAACUUUAGGAGCAAAAUGGCCAUGGAGAUCACCCAAUUUCUUCUACAUGCUCAGUCAGCAGAUGCAAAUAUCAGAACUGAUGCUGAGGGUAAACUGAAACUUUUCCAAGAACAAAACCUACCAUCAUUUCUUCUAUCCUUAUCGCUUGAGCUCUCGAGCGAUGAGAAACCAAUUGAAUCUCGUAGAUUGGCUGGUAUUGUGCUUAAAAAUUCAUUAGAUGCUAAAGAUUCUACCCGGAAAGAGAAUCUUGCAAAUCAUUGGGUGUCUAUUGAUAUUUCUGUUAAGUCAAAAAUUAAAGAGUUGCUCUUGAGUACUCUUGGAUCAUCUGUACUUGAGGCUAGACAUACUUCUGCACAGGUUGUUGCUAAAGUGGCAGGAAUUGAAAUCCCACGAAAAGAAUGGCCAGAACUCAUUGGGUCAUUGCUUGGAAAUAUGACUGAUCCAAGCAAGCCUGUACAUCUAAAAUGGGUUACUUUGGAAGCUCUUGGAUAUGUCUGCGAAGAGAUAUCUCACCACGAUCUUGUGCAAGAGGAAGUCAACUCCAUCCUAACUGCUGUUGUCCAGGGUAUGAGUGUUGGAGAGUAUGGCCCUGAAGUUCGUCUUGCAGCAACCAAGGCUUUAUACAAUGCUCUUGAUUUUGCCCAAACCAACUUUGAUAAUGAGAUGGAGCGAAAUUUUAUUAUGAAGGUGGUGUGUGAGACAGCUGUAGCUAAAGAGCCAGAGAUUAGACAAGCUGCUUUUGAAUGUCUUGUUUCAAUUGCUUCAACUUACUAUGAAGUUAUUGAACCUUACAUGGAGACCAUCUUUCAGCUUACAUCUGCUGCCGUCAAAGGAGAUGAAGAAGCUGUUGCUUUACAAUCAAUUGAGUUCUGGAGCUCCAUUUGUGACGAAGAGAUUGAACUGCAAGAAUACAAUGACUUUGAAAGUGGGAACGCUGGCUCUACCCCACCUCACUCAUGCUUCAUUGACAAGGCUCUUACGUUACUAGUUCCUAUGUUGCUUGAAACAUUGUUGAAACAGGACGAGGAUCAAGACCAGGAUGACACUGUUUGGAAUGUUUCCAUGGCUGGUGGGACUUGUCUUGGUCUUGUUGCUAGAACAGUUGGUGAUCGAAUAGUCCCUCUUGUAAUGCCCUUUGUGGAGGCCAACAUAUUAAAGCCCGAUUGGCGAUCGCGUGAAGCAGCUACAUAUGCGUUCGGUUCAAUCCUUGAAGGUCCGAGUGUCGAGAAGCUGGCUCCUAUGGUUCAUUCAGGUCUUGAAUUCCUUCUUAACGCGAUGAAAGAUGAAAACAUCCAUGUGAAGGACACAACUGCCUGGACCCUAAGCCGUAUUUUUGAGUUAUUGCAUAACCCAUCAUCCGAAAUCUCUUUGAUUUCUCCGACGAACCUACAACGGAUUCUUGGGGUUUUGUUGGAAAGUACUAAAGACGUUCCUCAUGUUGCUGGAAAGGUCUGCAGUGCCAUAUACUAUCUCGCUCAAGGUUAUGAAGAUGAUGGGGCUAGCUCCUCCCUCCUUACGCCUUUCCUUCCCAACAUUAUAAGUUGUCUGAUCACAACUGCUGACAGGCCUGACGGAAGUGACUCGAAGCUAAGAACAUCUGCCUAUGAAACCUUGAAUGAGGUUGUGAGGUGUGCGAAGAUCCCUGAAACAGCUCCGAUCAUAACGCAUCUACUCCCGGUCAUUAUGACUAAACUCGGGCAGAGUGUUGAUUUCCAAAUUAUAUCGUCAGACGACAGGGAGAAUCAGGUUGAAUUGCAAGCUCUUCUCUGUGGAGUUCUUCAGGUCAUUAUUCAGAAAUUCAGCAGUACUGAAGAAACAAAAGGAACCAUUCUUCAAGCUGCUGACCAGAUAAUGGUGUUGUUCCUCAAGGUUUUUGCUUGUCGUAGCUCGACAGUUCACGAGGAGGCUAUGCUGGCUAUUGGAGCGUUGGCUUAUGGUGUUGGACCGGAGUUUGGAAAGUACAUGACGGAGUUCUACAAAUAUCUGGAAAUGGGUUUGCAGAAUUUUGAAGAAUACCAGGUUUGUGCUGUGUCUGUUGGUGUGGUUGGGGAUAUUUGCCGUGCAUUGGACGAUAAGGUGUUGCCUUACUGCGAUGGAAUCAUGACUCAUCUCCUUAAGGAUCUUUCGAGCAAUGAACUUCAUCGUUCUGUCAAGCCCCCCAUAUUUUCAUGUUUCGGCGAUGUUGCUCUUGCGAUUGGAGAACAUUUUGAGAAGUAUCUUGUUUAUGCUAUACCUAUGAUGCAGGGAGCCGCACAAAUAUGUGCACAGAUUGACGACAGUGAUGAUGAAAUGAUGGAUUAUGGUAACCAACUUAGGAGGAGCAUCUUUGAAGCUUAUUCUGGUAUUCUUCAAGGUUUUAAGAAUUCCAAACCGGACUUGAUGGCUCCUCAUGCUACCCAUAUUCUUCAGUUCAUAGAACAUGUUUCCAAAGAUAGCAGAAGGGAUGAGAAUGUGACAAAGGCAGCAGUUGCAGUUCUGGGUGAUCUAGCAGAUGCGCUUCGUUCAAAUGUUAAGAUACUGUUUAAAGACCACACUUUCUAUUCCGAGUUUCUUGGACAGUGCCUUGAAUCUGAUGAUGAACAGAUAAAGGAGACUGCAUCAUGGACCCAAGGAAUGAUUGUACAGGCCUUUUCUGUAUGCGGUUAGGAGAGUUCGUCCGUUCUCUUUUCUUUUGUUAUCGAUAUUUCAGAUUGGCGGUUGCUAGCCGCCCCUACCAAGGAUAUUUUGUCAUGGGUUUGUUGGUCCUCAUAAAGGGUUGAGGUUUUCUUUACUUUUCUUCUCUUUUCAUUUGUUGGUUAUGUCUGUGUCUAGAGAUCUAUCUGUUAAGAACUUGCAUGAAUUCUAUCCAUUUUACUAUGCACCCCACAAAUAUGUGGCUGUUUGUGUCA